AUGGGAAAAGAGAAAGAAGAAACAUUUGCUCUUUCAUUACCAAGAAAGAAAGGAAUAAGCCUUUCGGACUUCUACCGUUCAGCCACACUGCGCCCAAAAAAGCGUCAGACUGCUAUUGCUACAAUCAACAGACUUAGUGUGUCUUCAUUGAGCUCACGAUUGGCAAUGCCGCCGAAUGCACAAAAUGCUCCAAUGAAUAAUCGACACUCAGUGAAGGCUGUCCCAAUGCCGAUGGUCCCCUUGUCAACAAUUGAACAUCUCAACGGUUCGUCGGUUCUACUCUGUGUACCAUUCAUAUUCGGCACUUUGGUUAUGGACUAUUUCCGCGGUGCCCAAUUCCGAGACUUCAAUAUAAGCAUUCGAACGAUUCGAGAAGCCAUGAGAAGCCUUAGCGGAUUUUUCUUUCGUCGUCGAGAGAAUCAGGACUAUCGACGGCGCAACAUGGAUGCUCGGAUUUCCGUCAGUCGAUCUAAUCGUCGUGAAAAUGCGGACGCUCUAGCAAUUCUUAAAAGCGAACUCCGAGCACAUCAAUUGAUUUGGCACGACAAAUCAUAUCGUGGACGGAAGUUUAAGAAAGAAAUGGAUGACAUUUUGGAAAAAUCUGAAGAUGAUCAAGAUGAGACAAGUGACGCUUCCACUACAAUUUCCGCUGAGUCGCUCAAGAACUGUCAAUCCCGUCGCGAGACUCAGGUUAGCGUUUCACCUUUUACGUUCAAGACGAAGACAAAGGUCGGAAGCGAGAAGUUGUGCAAUAUUAAAGCUUCUGUGGAGAAAUUUACAGGACAAUGGAAUCGAUCGAAGCAUGAUUCGCAGUUCACAAAUUUGCCUUUCAAGGUUGAAGAGCAAGACGACAUAUUUGCUGAAAAGAAUGCCGACGCAAUAUUGAAGCUAUAUGAAGAUUAUGCAGAGUCGUUGAAAGCGACUCCAAUGAAUGCGUCUUUUCCACUCAACGAUGGAAACGCAAUCAAAUCUGUUUCGCAUUCUGUCAACACCGAUACCUGCGAUGGUUAUAAAAAUGUAGCUUUAUAUGAAGAAGCUCAACCGGCGAAGAUGGCGAUGAAUCGGGCGAGGCGUCAAACGCGGGUUAUUGUCUGGAACGAUGAAAACAAUCAAGACUCUGAGGUCCACACCGACUAUGUGUCAAAUCUUCCCGAAGUGUCCAUGGCAAAAUUCGAACUUGAAAGAUUGCGAAUUGACCACCCCGUUGGGAACAUUUACAAGCCGUUAAAGGGAUUUGGCGCAGCGCCAAUGAAAUCAUCAACCAGUUCAUCACAAGAAGCCGUCGAUGCAUUAUUAGAGAAUAUCGAGAACAAACGGAUUCAAUAUGCGAUGCCAUUGUAUAACACACCAAAGAUUUCCGAGAAGAUGUCUCAGCCAUCGCCAAAAGGACGUUUGAAGCAUAAGGUGCACCGAUUCAAGAAUGAUGAAGUGAGCAGUUACAAGUUGUAUGAAAUUGAAGAUAAUGUCAAUUCGUCAUUGGUUGGUUCAAACGUUUUCCCGACGCCUAAAAAAUCUGAAGUCAAUCCAACGAGAGAAAGCAAAAUUUUUGGACAUGCUAAUAAUACCGAAAUUUGCAAAUCGAAGCGAUUUUCGGAACGAAGGCAGACACAGAUUAUUGCUCCUCCAGGAGGACGCGUCUAUCCAAUUGAUUGCAAACCACCACUUCCAUUCAAAAAAGCUCCACAGAUGUCAAAGCAACAAUCUUCUGCAAAGGAUGCUCGUUCCGUGAAUCCACCAUCUCGUCGGCAGAUUUAUGAAAACAUUGAGUACUUUCGCCAAUUGGUCGUGCCACCAGAUGACCAUCAAAAGAAAGCUUCUACUUUUACCAUGCACGCAUAUGAGUCCGUUCCUGUGGAUGGCCCAAUUUCGAAAGCGUCAAGAACCAGCCAGCAUGCUACUCAGACAUUACCGCAAAAACCGUUGCCACCACUUCGUACUACAUCACUGGAUAUUUACUCACGUAGACGAGCUUCAUCCGCUGUAUUUCCAUCAACAAUUCGCGAGAAUAUACCUAUUUCGCAAAGAACCAGAUUUUCGGAGAUUCCAGCCAAAGUCGUUUCAACAGGGUUUCAACCAAAUCGAUCAGCGACACCGUCAUCAAAAUUUCUGGAAAGACAAGAAGCGAUCGCGUUGCAAACAUUUUCGAGGAAUCCGACUGCAGUUGAGUCACAUAGUUUUUCAACCCAACCAGCAACGUCACCAUCAUCAAGAUUUGUUUCGACUCAAUUUGGGGCCAUUCGACAACGAUUUCCAACACCACAAACAUCGACAUUGUCAACACGAUAUUCCGCGAUUCCGGAUGCUGCUUUUUCACCACGAUUUCGAGCCGAGCUGGAAUCAGCUCCAAGGUCGCGAUUUUCAAGCAACGAAGAUCUUCAGCAAAAAUCCCGAUCAACAUCAUCGCCAGCUAGACUUACAUCUAAUCUACGUACAGCUUCUCUGCCGCCAAGAGCGCCAUCGAGACCUUGCAAGGUCAUCUUGCCGCCAAAGCUGCCAUCCAUUCCGCGUUCUGUCAACUUGCAUACAAGUUCUCCAUCGCCUUCAGAAACAACAUUGUCAACAAAUGCUGAUGUGUUCCCAUCAUCUAGAGCAUCAGCGUCUCCAAACCACGAAGUCCGCAACGAUAUCAACCGCAAUUCAUCAGGUGCGCUUUCAUCAUUUGGCCGUGCACCAUCGGGACUUAGCGAUGCCAGCAGCGACAGUAACAAUGGCAACCGACGUAUGAACUCAAUGAGCCAAUCAACAUUUGUCACUUAUGGCACCGAUACCGCCUCCAUGCUCAAUUCUGGCCGAUCCAAUGCAACACACAAUGUCAAAGUUAAUUUAAAUGAGAUAUGGCUCUAA